AUGGCCUCAGAGCUGCCCACUCAGAUGGAGCCGCAUAUGAGCAUGUCAGCUCGGACCACAGCUCGCACUGCAGCUGCUGAUGGGAGCACUGAGUAUGUUGAUUUCUUCCUGGCCAGUAUGUGGUCUUGGACAGAGAGCGGCGCUGCCAAGGUCAUCAACGAGUUGGAGAAUCUCAACCUGGUUGCUGCCUCAUACUCCUAUGAUGGGAUGCUCGGCUGCUUCGCGAUCCGUUGCCACAGGAAUGACCAGGCAGUCAUCCAAAAGCGGUUCCGAAGCUUUCUAAACCAGAUCGAGGUCGAGAUCAAAUUGGAGCGGGACCCGGUCUCUGGCGAAGCGCUGCUGAGUGAUGAUCAUCCGCUCGUCGCGCCACUGAAUCCGAUUCUGCCACCUCCCUCCACAUCUGGCCGCGCUGCGAGCGCUCAUGAGGAAAACCGAUACAUGUCACUCGAGGUUCCAAAGGAACUCCAUAAGUUUUCCCAUGUCGUUGCCUGGCAAGACCUUCAGUCCACCUCUCAAACCUUCCAGACUUGUUUCAUCUCGGAACCGGAACAGAAAGCCAUCGAGGAGGCAUCUGGUGUCGAGAUGGUCUUCGAUCACGAUCAGAAAGUUAUCUUUAUCGGUGCCUCAUCCGGUCACGCAGCAGAUGUUGCCAAGAGUAGAAUGACUGCGCUUUUGCAAGAUUACCUCGCCAAUAAGGGCAAGUCUGUCUCUCAUGUCUUCUUUGUUGAGUCGGUCUUUUGCUGGACCGUGGACAUCCGCAAUAUCAUGGAUAUUCAUCCUCAGAUGAGACGUUCGACGAUCCUCGACUUCUGGACAUUUGGGCAUAUCGACCAUUACUUUACCGGCAUUGUAUGCUGUCUUCGGAUCUGCCAAGAUGAUCCGUACAAAUCAGUGCACUCGAAUCAACUCUGGUCGCUCUUCGGGCCCAGGGCUCGCAACGUGUUCGCCGGGCGGCAGCCCCAACGCCAGGCUCAGCUCUUCGAGGGCCACAACAUCGCUACGACUGUUCCCUUGGGUUCAGCCGCUGUCGAGCCUGGGGCAGACCUCCAGGAGGAAAUAUCAAUCCCUUUCAUCAAUAUCCAAGAGGAUGCCCUAAUGCCGCAUGGCGACCUCGCAGCCGAAAACGGCCCUUUAAUCUCUCUCGGCACGAGCGUGUCAACAUCGACCACUACCGCAGCACCUUCGCUGCUCGAUCAGCCUGAUUAUAUCCUGCACGACCCUGGCUCGAACCUACAGCGGGCAUUGCAGCCCUCGAGACGAACCAUACUUGUGCCGAAGCCUGACUCUCUUCCUCAGCGAAAGUCCGGCAUGGUCAGCCUGCGUGCCGAGCUAGGCAGGUUCUACUUGCGAAGAGUGCCGCCCAGUGGCCAGGCGCGAAAUAAGCAGUUCGAGCCAGCCCAUGGAUGGGACGCCGAGAAACUUCGCAGUUCUCUGGACUCCCAGCCUCACUUCUUCACGAAGGCGCUUUCGUACUGGGGAAACGAUGUCGAUUUCCUCGCCUCGAUGACGAUAACAGGAACGAACGAGAAAAUGUGGAAAGAGGUUUCCAGAAGCACUUUCCUCGAUUUUCACUUCACAGGCGCGGUUGCCCAAGGACAGGAAAAUUUUGAGAAAGUGAACCCGGGAAAAAUUCUCGAGAUUAAUGCCGAAGACUGCACUUGGAAUGUAUGCGAACUGGACAAUACGUGCGGUGAGGUUUCGGUUCACUGCCUCGCCCAGCACUGGGACUUCAAGGUACGCCUCUCACGAGAUCACUCCAUCGAUUCCAAAGCGCACUGGGCAGCAUUCACUCAAGCGCUGCUCAACAGUCUCAGAGUGACCUCGUGGGACCUGGACUUCCAGUACAAAUUUGAUGAGGGUCCAGUUGCAGCCCAACAUGCACCCAUCGUCAUCAACAAAGCCAGGGUUCGGCAGGUUUGCCGCCUGCAACACCAGGACGGCAAAACCUUCCUGGAUGUCACCCGCAUGCUGCCCACGAAACCCAUCGACCGCCGAGGCAACUAUUGUACAGUCACGUGCCUCACGGGCAACGAUUCCCUCACAGAAGAUCAACCUAAGACAGGCUUGAUCUUACAGUGGUACGAGGCCUCCAUCUUCUCUGUCGGACUUGAAGAGGCCUUGAAGGAGAAUGAAAAUAUGGUUCCAGGUGACGAGGCUCAAUGGACCGUAGACCAACUCGAGAAGGACGGUGUCUUCGCAGAUCUUUAUCAUCGUACCGCAGACAUGGUGAAGAGAAUCAACGGUGUGGGUGUCGAGUGUGAUAAUGGAAUCGAGGCGAGGUUCCGGAAGAAGCAGCAGCAGCAGCAACAGCAGCAGCAGCAAUCUCAAUCGCCGCAGCGACCUGGAGGUUCCGGCAACGGAUACGCUUAUUAG